AAUAAACGCUGACCAUAACAAACUGCACAACAACAACACAGAUUAGGCAAAAAACGACAACAUUUGCAGAGCCAAGACUUUUGUUUAAACAAUAACAGUCACUCGUGACGUUGCUUUUCGAAGGGGAAGUGCGACCCCGGAAGUUCCGCAUACAUAUACACACAUACAGCAUGCAGACGGAGUUUAAAGGUCAAACCACAGCUGAUUGAAACUGCGCAGACCACAAGGGCUCCACAUUAAUGCAUUACAAUAGAAAGCUCGGCUGAUUCACAUCUUUAUGCGCAGGAGGCCUUUAUCUGGCGUAAAUUGAGUGGCGCGAUCCGAUAACCUCCAAGCUACAUAUAUACCCCGUCGAAUAGUCAGUCGUCACUCCUGCUUUGUUUACAACGCAACGCACAAUGAGGCUCAAAUCGGGAAUACUUUUGGUGCUCCUGCUGACCACUUUUUUGAACCUGGGCGAGUGCUUUUGGCCAUUUAGCAAAUGGCACGAAUCAAAUGAUCCUCCUCCUCCGCCCCCUGAACCCAAGAUAUCUCCAGUGAUUUUCGUCCCUGGCGACGGAGGCUCCCAAAUGGAUGCUCGCCUGAAUAAGCCCAACUCUCCUUACUUAAUUUGCCAGAAGACCCACGAUUGGUACAAUCUGUGGCUGGACCUAGAGCAGUUGGUCAUCCCCAUGGUUUACUGUUGGAUAGACAAUGUCAAGCUAUACUACGACAAGGCAACAAGGACCACCCACAAUACUCCUGGUGUGGAGACGAGGAUACCCGGCUGGGGAAAUCCCGAAGUGGUCGAGUGGAUCGAUCCCACAAAGAACAGCGCCGGAGCCUACUUUAAAGAUAUAGCCAAUGAGCUUGUGGACCUAGGAUAUAUUCGCAAACAAAAUAUCCACGGAGCACCCUAUGACUUCCGAAAAGCGCCAAAUGAGAACCAACAAUUCUUCAUCGAUCUUAAGCAGCUGGUGGAGGACACCUAUGAGGCCAACAAUCAGUCAGCUGUGACCUUUAUCUCGCACAGCAUGGGCAGUCUCAUGACCCUGGUGUUCUUGCAGGAACAAACCGUCCAAUGGAAGGCUAAAUAUGUGAAGCGAAUGAUCAGCCUGGCGGGAGUAUGGGCGGGAAGCUUUAAGGCUGUUAAGGUGUUUGCCAUGGGCGAUGACCUGGAUUCGUUCGCCCUGAGUGCCAAGAUCCUCAAGGCGGAACAGAUAACUCACCCAUCCACCGCUUGGUUGCUGCCAUCACCACUGUUUUGGAAGCCAUCCGAGGUUCUGGCCACGACCCCAAGCAGGAACUAUACGAUGGCACAGCUCGAAGAGUUCUUCUACGACCUUGACUACAUGACGGGCUGGGAAAUGCGCAAGGAUACGAUUCGGUACAACCGAAACUUCAAUCCACCGAAUGUGGAACUGCACUGUCUUUAUGGCGACGGCAUUGACACGGUUGAGAGACUGGAGUACAAAAAAUCGGACAUUAAUGGGGAAACGCCCAAGUUGAUAAUGGGUCUCGGCGACGGCACUGUUAACCAGCGCUCUCUGAGAGCCUGCCAGUAUUGGUCGAGCUAUUCCAGCGCCCCUAUAAACACAUUGGCCCUUCAGAACGUGGACCACAUGCACAUCCUGUCCAAUCCGGACGUCCUCAAAUAUAUUCGCACUGUCAUGAAGCUGCCGUAAUGUCAAUAGUAGCCUUUAAAUAUUUUAAGAGCUUUGCGAUUUUCAGACCCGUUGGGAUGUCUGUAAAGUCGCAAGCUAAAGACAAUGCCAAUUUUAUUGUUAAAUAAAUGUAACUCGUUAAGUAGCACAAAUCCAAAGAA